UGUGAGAGCGCCGUCGCAGAGCUGCCUCUGGCGGAGACGGGGCUGCAGGCUCCGCUCUUCCUUCUCUGGUUGCUGGGCUCGCCCCACUGAGGCGGCGGCGGCGGCGGCGGCGAAGCGAGAAUGGGACGGCGCUGAUGUGGCCGGCGCUGCGGCCUCCUGCAGCCCCGCUCGGGCCCAGCCCAGGCGGCGCCGGCGGCGGCAGUAGUUCCGCGCCAGCAUGGGCAACACCGUCACCUGCUGCGUGUCUCCCGGUGCCAGCCCGAAGCUCGGCCGGGGCCGCGGGUCUGCUUUGGGGGCGGUCGGCGGGCGAGCAGGGGCCGGGGCCGCGGCUGCGGGGCUAGAGCGGAGGGGUGGUGCUUACCGGGAGAUCGCCGAGGCAGAUUCGGGAGACUCGGAUCCCGGCGGAGGGGGCCCUCACCUGCAGCACAUCAGCGACCGCGAGUUCCCGGAUGAUUUAGCAUUGGAGUCAAACCCAUCUGACCAUCCUAGAGCAAGCACAAUUUUCUUGAGCAAAUCCCAAACAGAUGUGAGAGAGAAGAGAAAAAGCAACCACAUCAACCAUGUUUCCCCGGGGCAGCUUACAAAAAAGUAUAGUUCAUGUUCAACUAUAUUUAUAGAUGACAGCACAGUCAGCCAACCUAAUCUUAGGAGCACAAUAAAAUGUGUUACUUUAGCAAUAUAUUAUCACAUAAAGAACAGAUUCUGGGGGUCUGCAUAUGGAAAAUUCUGCAUAAUGAUGAUGUCUCUUACAACAAAAUCACCCGUGUUUUGUGUGGCCUUACAGACAAAGAAGCUAGAAAGUAUGAAUCAUUGGAAAUGUGCAAAUGUUCUUUAUUUUCAGGUUUACUUAGAAAGACUCUUGACCUAUGCAGAGAUUGACAUCUGUCCAAGUAACUGGAAGAGGAUAGUCCUAGGUGCUAUACUGCUGGCUUCUAAAGUGUGGGAUGAUCAAGCUGUUUGGAAUGUGGAUUACUGCCAAAUCCUGAAGGAUAUUACGGUGGAAGACAUGAAUGAGAUGGAAAGACACUUUUUGGAGCUGCUGCAGUUCAAUAUCAACGUUCCUGCCAGUGUUUAUGCCAAAUACUACUUUGACCUUCGCUCCUUAGCAGAUGACAACAAUCUGUGCUUUCUGCUAGAGCCCCUUAGUAAAGAGCGAGCACAGAAAUUAGAGGCUAUCUCCCGGCUGUGUGAGGACAAAUACAAAGACUUGUCAAAAGCUGCUAUGAGACGGUCCUUCAGUGCUGAUAAUCUAGUUGGCAUUCACCGUUCUAACGCCAUCCUCUCUUGAUCAAGAAGGAAAGCUACAACACUGGCACCAGCAUCCUUACAAGUGGAACAACACCUUUAUUCGAAGUUCACCAGUCAGCAGUGAUCGUGUCUUCCACGUGGAGGGCAGGGUGAGCAAAAAUACGCCAAGGAAGUUCAGAGCCGGAGGAGGAGUUUAAUUCAGUGGGGAAGAAAAGAUGGAGCCUUGUCAAAGGGGAACACUUCCUUUAAAAUCCAGAGGUGCAGAAACUUUUAAUGGGUCUUUUUUCCCUUUUCUCCAAACUAAUCUCCUCAAUCCAGAGAUGUUUGCUUACUAUGUAGGCCUAUAGCUGUGAGCUCUCUGCAUUUUAAAUAAUGACUAGUUUUAAAACUUAGACUUUGAACAUUAACAAAAUAGUCACAAUGUUCUUUCCUCUUCAGUAAUCCAGGACCCAACUGCAGUUGCCUUUCCAAGUCAGUGCAACAGCCUUCAUGCUAAUACGGCGAAACGUCACUCUGGAACUGAAGCCGUGGCAUUAGCAAGCAAAGAUUUCUCUCCCCUUCUUUCAGUACGCACACUUCAAACUUCCCUAAUUAUUGGUACAUUGGUGGUCAAUUUGGGACAAGGAGUUGCUGAGUAGUAUCUGCUAAGGGUAAACAAAAUCUCUUCAUUUGAGAUUGUCACGGCAAAAGGAAAUGUUAGGGAGAGGAGCAAAGGAAUGGUGUUCUGCAUUUGCUAGUAAGUAAACAAAUGGUUCGGGGUCUAUUUCUUGUCAGUUUUGGUGCAUCUUAUAUAUUCCUAGUCAAGCUGUGAAAGGGACAGACUUCACAAUACACUUUUUUUUCUUGAAGUGCUGAAUAGAAUUGCCCUGAAAUCCCUAACAAAUGAGUUGACAUGGUGAUCGACUAAAUUCUUCCAGUACAAACAGUAAAUGUAUUACUGCUUCUAUUAUAUGCUUCCAACUAGCUUUAAAUUCCACGGUCGAACUCUGGUCCUGAUGAGGGAGAUGCAGUUGUUCUCAAUUCAUAAAAUGAAUUAUUUUUCCUUAGAACCUAGCGUUUAAUUAUCUUUGUUCUGAAGUAAAAUUAUAUUGGCUUUUCCUAAAUUUUCUCUUUUAAGAACAGAAAUUUGAAAUAAAAUUGUUCUUUUUAAGAACAGAAAACAUAUUUACAGGUCUUCACAGUUCUGGGUCACAAUAUCUAAGUGGUUUGUACUUUAAAACAUCCCACUGGGCAAUGCUUCUUACAGUUUUGACUCUUUUUGUCUAUUUAAUUAUGAACCAAGCUUGCUUCUUGAGUGUUCAGCAGCACUCAAAUUGUUAGUCUCAUUACAGUAUUUUAAUCUACCAGCCCCAGUCUGUGGCAUCAGGUAUUGAUUAUAAUUCAACUUUGAAAUAAAUGCUACAUCUUCAGGUGGCUUUCCUUUGUCAUGUUUGUAUUAAAAAAGAAGCUAAUAAUAAACUCUAUUUUAAUUAAA